AUGAUACCAACAGACUCCUUUGUAACUAUAGCAGUUCGAAUAUAUUCCGCUCGCAAUUUACCUAAAGCGGACCCGACUGGACUGUCAGAUCCUUAUGUUGUUCUGACGUAUACAAGCUUUGAAAAAGAUCGCUUGACAAAGAAGAAAAAAAAGACUGAAACAGUGAAGACGUCCCUUUCGCCCAUUUGGAACGACGCGUUUGUCCUCAACAACGUCACGCCGGAGUCUUUUCUGAUAUUCAACUGUUUUGAUUGGGACAACGCACUGAAAUUCAGUGCAGACGACUUCUUAGGGAAAUUCAAGAUCAUGGCGGAGCGGAUUCCGAUCAACAAGAAUAUAGUGUGGCGCGUCCCACUCAAAGACAACGACAAAAGUGCUGGGGAGAUCACUUUUAGUACUUACGCCGUCCCAUCUUCCCAGUACAUUGACACCAAAGAGAAUAAAAAGAGUCUAUUAAUGCAGACGGCCAUCGACCAAUUAAACAUCGACUCGAUUCCUCUUUUCGUUUGCAGGCAUCAAAAUCUGUUACAGGUGAUGGUACAAAAGACGGAAGGUUUUAUCGAUGAGAAAGAGAAGUCGAGUUUAUAUGCCCAAGUGUGUAUUGGUAAACAAAUGUUAGAGACUAUAGUAUAUAAGAAGAAAGGAGAUCCAUUUUGGGGGUCCCUCUUAUCCUUUUCAUACAACAAAGCCAAUGUUAUUAAAAUACAAAUUAAAGACUGGAAGAUGAUAAAGACCAACACUGUGUUAGGGUCGGUCGACAUUCCUCUCUUUGAUAUUACAGAAGAUGAUAUGGUUAUCAAGAGUUACCCCAUUAAAGGUUCUAAAGGCGUUUUGAAGUGUGGCGUGCAAAUCAUUAAAGCAGAAAAUAUCACCAACCUCUUACCAAUCGAGUGUGAAGCAGAUGAUGAAGAUGACGAUUGGUGCAAACAGAAUAUACAACCGUUUGAAGUCUUCACAGACGAUGUGAAUACUCGUGGCGUAGUAGACACCUCAUUAAAAGAUGACUAUCACUUCGAAAUGAGUGAAGACGACAUCUCCAAUUUAUUGAAUGAGGACGUCCCAAUCUUCAAUGAAAGUUAUUUCGAAAGACCAUUGAAAGAAGGAGUUUGUCAGUCUGUUAACAAGAAAGUGUUUUACAAUGAUGUAGCAACGGACAAAGGGCCAAUUAUGAUAGCUGUUGGGGAUGAGAGUGGUGGAUUGAAGCGAGCAGUUGUCAUCUCCCAAUUUGGUAAUGUCAAGACGUAUGUCACCGACCUGAAGAACAUCGACAAUGAGACGAUGAGUGUCUUUGGCUUAAAGAAAGACCAAGUGAAGAUGAAAGAGUGUGACAAAAGUGUGUGGCCAAAACUGAUUGAAUUUGAAGAGCGAAAUCAGUGCCACUCGUACAAAAUCGGACUUUUGUAUGCAAAACAAGGUCAACGGACUGAAAUGGAGUUUCUGAGUAACACAACGCCAUCACCACUUUGCACGGAAUUUUACAAAUUAAUUGGCGAAACCGUUACCUUGAAAGGUUACACCGGAUAUCGAGGUGGGUUGGAUGUGACUAGUAAUACAACAGGAACAACUUCUAUUGUGUCAAAAUACAAAGGCACAGAGAUAAUGUUCCACGUCGCAACAAUGUUACAACACGUCGAGGAAGAUCCCCAACAUCUCGACAAAAAGAGGCAUAUUGGCAACGACGUCGUAGUGAUCAUCUUCAAAGAAUCAAACGGCAAAAAAGAUGACGAAAUCGACUUGAAUUCGUUUGUCACACAAUUCAAUCACGUGUUUAUUAUUGUGACACCAACAAUAGUGAAGGGUUCACCAUUUUAUAAGGUGUGCGUGUGUUGUAAAUCUGCAGUUCAAGCGUUCUUGCCGCGAUUCCCACCAGAAAAGUUGUUCAAGCGAGAUGAAGUGUUCAAAGAGUGGUUGUUGUGUAAAGCGAUCAAUGGAGAGCGAUCAUCAAUUGAGUCGCCACAAUUCAUUAAAUCACAAAGAAUUGCUCGAAAGGGGUUACUUGAGGUGAUCAUCAAUGAAGUAAAAUAA